CAGCGGCUUGCGAGUGUCUCCUGCUGCGGCGCUGCUUCUGCGGCUCCGGCCGCGGUGAGCUGGGCGUUCGGCAUGGGCUGGUCUCAGAAUUUAUUCCGCGGCUUGUGGGGAGCGCUAUCAAAGGAAACGAAGGUGCAUGUGGGCACUGAUCCUCUCGGGAACAAGUACUACUAUGUCCCGGAGUACAAGAACUGGAGAGGACAAAUUAUUCGAGAGAAAAGAAGUGUAGAAGCAGCAAAUAAAAAAGAAAUAGACUAUGAAGUAGGAAAUAUCCCACCAGAAUGGGAAGCUUGGAUUAGAAGAACAAGAAAGACUCCACCUACUAUGGAGGAAGUAUUAGCGAAUGAAAACUAUAGAGAAGAAAUAAAAAUAAAAAGCGAAGAUCUUUAUGAAAAAGAAAAACUCAUCAGUAAAGAGACCAAUGAGGAACUUUUGGCUCCACCAGUUCAAACUCAGAUUAGAGGGCAUGCCUCUGCUCCAUACUUCGGAAAGGAAGAACCCUCAGUGGCUCCCACCAGCACUGGUAAAACGUUUCAGCCAGGUUCCUGGAUGCCACAAGAUCGCAAGAGCCACAAUCAGUGAAUACACUGUGAUGAAAUAAUUUCAUUUAUAAGAAUGUGACUAUUUUGACAAAUUAAAGAAGUACUAAGUUAA